AUGGGAGCUGGCACUCUUUUAAAUGGAUUAGAAAAGGAAAACUUUCCAAAUAACAUCCAUUCAGAUUUGCCUGCGUAUCCUAACAUGGAUUCUCAAGAAGAUGGCAAUACUAGUAAGGAAAGUAAAAGAAAUAGUCCAGUAAAACAGAAGUCCCAAAAAGAUGAAGAAAAGUCAUCUAAAAUGGGGACUGCAAGCAACAUAUUCCAUGAAAAUAAAGAUAUACACGAAAGAUCUGAACACACGGACGAUUUUAAUGAUGGCUUAAAACUGGCUCCGGACUCUAGUCCAAGCUUGAAAGAGUGUCAAUUUAAAAAUUGGGAAAGUUUUUGGUGUAAUACAGAAGGUUACAAAACUAAACACAUGCAGCCCUUUCAUUUUACAAGCGGAUUAGAAGAAAUAAAGGAACCGGUCAUGGAAUUGAAUAUUUCCACUUCACCAUACAAGGGACAGAGGCCAAAUUCAGCUCCAACCGAGUAUUCAGCUGCCACAACAGCGUUUACCAAAACACAAUUAGAGGUGAGUUUUCUAAAAACCAACUUGCUUACAUACAUUAAAAAAGAGAUUGACAUUUGCUUGUCAAGUGUUCCAUUUUUUGACGACGCAGUUCAAAUGCAAAAGAAAUUCUUGGAAUACAGAGAUAUUGACUUGGAUGAAGAAUAUGAGCUCAAAAUUUUGGGGGAACUUUUGAAUGAUUUAAACUUCUUUCAUAUGCAAGAAAACUCUUUGCUAAAUAGAGAGCUAGCAGUUCGUAGAUUCUCCAAUCAACCUGAAAGUCAAAAUUUACCUUCCAUUAGGGAUUUUAGAAAUCCACUUUUGCCAAUAGAUAACCGCCCUUCUCCCCCAUUAGGAUUGAAAAGAAACGGAAAGUCUUUCGAGGAAACCUAUGAUUUCACGUCCAAUACAUCAAAUUUUUGGGGAGAAAAAGCAGAACUACAAAACUCCAUAACUGGUGGAACACCCUAUUUUUUCCACCCUAACAAUAUACAUCAAACAAAACCUUUUAUGUCAUUUGAAAAUCAAAAUGAACUUCUAUUCCAGAGAAAAAAUUCAGAUUACAAGCAGCAUUUUAACUCUGGAAGAAAUAUACAUAAUGGAGUGGAAUCGAAAUCUUACAGAGGUGUGGGGUUAAACGAUAGUUAUCAAAAGGGUUAUGCAGCAAUGACAAAGUCGUUUGGAAAUAUCGAUUUAAAUAGAAUGCCCAGAAGAAGUAAUGAAGAAAUGUAUAGCUGGUCACGUAAUUGA